AUGGCAAAGUUUCCCAAACUGUCUCUCUUCCUGAUCAAAGCCAGUUUACAUCAGCAAUGGUUUCUAACUUGGUUUUUGGAAAACAUCAACACAAGCAGUAGUGAGAAUAUGGAUAUCAUUGACAGUACUGAAGAUGAUGAGUUCAUGUACAAUUUUGGAGAAGAAUGCGAGAAUGUCAUUGACAAAAUUGAAGGCACCACACCCUCGCUAGUCUUUGAUUUUAGCCAGCCUCUUCCUGUUCCCAGCAACAAUGAUAAAAAGAAUCUCGCGUUCAUGCAGUUGAUCCAAGACCCACACCUUGGAAACAAGCUUCUUGAGCACUUCUUGGGUAUCAAAGCAGACAGAUACGACAUUUGCAUCAGAGGUUGUAUGCAGUUCAACAAUGAGAAUGAUAUUGCAUGCAUAAAAUGCGGUGAAGCAAGAUACAAAAAUGGCCAAACUAGUGAAAGUGACACCAGGAUUCCUGUGAGAUUGAUCGUACAGCUUCCUUUGGCCAGACAGCUUGCUUUGUGCUUGGCUGAUGACAAGACCAGGGCUGAAAUGCUCUAUCGUCAUAACCACCAAUCCAGUCAAGACGGGCAGAAAGCAGAUGUUUUCGAUGGUCAUGUAUACCAAUCCAUGAAGCAUCUGUUUUCUGGUGAAAAUGAUAUUGCGAUUUCGUUGUCCAUGGAUGGGUUCAACCCACACAAUGUACCUGGAUCAGUAACCAUUGUUCAUGCAACUGUCUUGAACUUGAAUCCGACGAUCAGUUAUGAGAAAAACAGGAUGAUCCAAAUAGCAAUGCUUCCUGGUUGCACUGGUCCCAGUGACAUCUGGUCUUUUCUUGAGCCAAUGCUGAGAGAUCUCUGUUUGCUCCAGACAGAAGGCAUGGAAGUAAAGACACUGAUGACAACGAUCAGGGCAAAGUGGGCCAAACUCCUAAACAUGGCCAGUACUUCCGCAUGUUGCCUGGAACCCAGACGCGCUCACUGGAGAGUUUCAGAAACUACAAUCUGGCAAGCAGUGAAGACAGAAAGGGGCUCAAUGGUAUGGGGACUUGUAUGUGGAAAGUAUGGAAUCAAGCAUCCUCUAUGUCUUUCUCUUGCCACUCAAAGGGAGAUUGGUGCUGCAAUGGUAGCCGCAAAAUCCACAAUCCCUAUAUCGUUGCAUGGUGUCUGGAGAGACAUGACAAAGAAUGCUGGUUUCUUUAGAGCUGUGGAUUGCGCAGACUUUUUACUCUUUGUUAUCCCCACGUUGGUUACAGAGCAUGUCCAAGACUCAGUUGCCCAAAAGGCAUUACUUGGUCUGGUUCAAACAUGCAAUUUACUCAUGAGCUGGGAGUUAUCAGCAGAGGAUCAAACCUUGAUAAGAAGUAAUCUUGUAGAAUGGAACUUAUUCCUAGAGAGUCUUCUUUCUACAGCAGAUAUUGACAUUGGCGUAUUCACAAUUAAGCAACACAUUAUUCAGCAUUAUUCUCAGAUGAUUGAUCUAUAUGGUCCACCAAGAGCAUAUAGCACACAAUCCGUAGAAAGAGCCAUUGGUGAGUACUCCAGAUCCAUCAAGAGUAACUCCCAAGUCAAUGUCAAUGCUGGAAACAUCAUGAUCAGACUGGCACAAUCCCAGUGUGUAGCAGAACUGACAACCAUUGCAAACACAAAAACUCCACCAGCUAACCUUCUAGUUUACAGUGCAUAUACCAAUGGGUGGCCUGUUACAGAAGGAGGUGAUCCUGCCAAUGCUGAGUAUGAGAUUGAUUUCUGGGGGCCUUUGAAGAAUUUAACAAUUUUUGAUAGCUUUGAAGAUGGAUCUCAUCUUUCAUUGCUUCUUAAAACAUUUUAUGAUUUGAAGGGGAAAGAAUGUAGUAUGCUUGAGCCUUCCAUAAAGACAAGCUGCAAGGCCUAUCUUAAUGGUUGUGUUAUUGACGCUGCAUUCAACCAAAGUUCUACAAGAGAGGCAUGUCAUGUUCAUGUGCAGCUACAAGUGGACAUGAACUCCAGAAGAUCCCGCUCUUACCAUCCAGGAUAUAUGCAUUUCUUCGGAAAGGUAGUUAUAUUCUUUCAACAUGUACACAACUCGAAGAGAUGGCCACUAGCUCUCAUAACCAUAUAUAGUGUGCAUUUGAAAAACGGAUUGCCUAUUACAUCUGUAGUAAAGUCAAAGACUAUAGUGAUUCAUACUAGUGACAUUGUAGAGUUGGUUAGCUUGGUGCCAUCAAAUGUCAAUGGUAGCCAUUACAUCAUUUGGUCAAGCCUUAAACAUAGCCCAAAAUUGACACUUGGUGUCUUAAGUAAUAUACAGGAUUUUCAGACCCAAAUAAGCUUUUUUUGCAAACUUUUGACUUUUGGUGAUAAUUAA